AUGGUCCGUGGUGAGCUGUCAGCCUGUAACCAGCCGCUCACCUUCCAACAUCCAUUCCUGUUCCUGCACCUCUGGACCAAACAAUAUCCUUCCCUGUGGCUCUCCUCAGCUCACCCGGACCUAGCAACCUUCCUGUACAAAUACCACUACCCAGAAACAAAUCUCCCCCCUGGAUUCCUGCUGCCAGUCCUGCGUCUCGUCUGCUCCCGUCUCUCACAUCGCUCUUUAUCCUGCCCUGCCCUGCAGGGCGGCCCUGCCCUGCCCUGCCCUGCCCUGCAGGGCGGCCCUGCCCUUCCUUCCCCUGCCCUGCAGGGCGGCCCUGCCCUGCCCUGCCCUGCCCUGCCCUGCCCUGCCCUGCCCUGCCAUGCCCUGCCCUGCCCUGCAGGGCGGCCCUGCCCUGCCCUGCCCUGCAGGGCGGCCCUGCCCUGCCCUGCCCUGCCCUGCCCUGCAGGGCGGCCCUGCCCUGCCCUGCCCUGCCCUGCAGGGCGGCCCUGCCCUGCCCUGCCCUGCCCUGCCCUGCCCUGCCCUGCAGGGCGGCCCUGCCCUGCCCUGCCCUGCCCUGCCCUGCUGCUGGCUGCUGGAGACAAGUUGGGAAAAGUGGGAUUGUGGAAUUUGGGCGCUGAUUGGGGCGAUGAUGGCGUUCUGCUCUUUGAACCUCACACCCGUCCAGUGGGCUGCAUGGCGUUCUCCACCGUUCAUCCCAGCCAGCUGCUCACCCUCAGCUAUGAUGGAUCUCUGCGCUGCAUGGAUGUGGAGAAGGCCGUCUUUGAUGACGUGUAUAACAUCAGUGAUGGCCUGAAAACGUUUGCCUUCUUGUCGCACGACUGCUCGACACUUGUGGUGGGGAAUUGGUUUGGAGAGGUAGCCAUCGUUGAUCGACGGACUCCAGGAAACUCUCAUGAGUCCAUCCACCCCAUUGACCCGAAGACUCUCCGCUGCGUGAGUGUCCAUCCUCUGCAGAUGCAGUACUUCGCUGUCGCAGAGAGCCGGGUAGUGGGCAUUUAUGACAGCAGGCGCCUGAAGAAGACCAAAAGCGAGCCAGUGUCCCAGCUGACCGGCCACACUUUAAGCAUCACAAGCGCUUAUUUCUCACCGUCCACUGGAAACCGGGUCCUCACCACCUGCAUGGAUAACCACAUCAGGAUAUACGACACAUCUUUAGUAUCCUCUAAUGCUCCUUUGCUGAAGUCCGUCAGACACGACAUGCAGACAGGCCGCUGGCUGUCGAAGCUGUCGGCCGUGUGGGACCCCAAACAGGAGGACUGCUUUGUGGUGGGGAGCAUGAUGAGGCCUCGGAGGGUGCAGGUGUUCCACGAGAGCGGCAAACACCUGCACACCUUCACGGACGAGGAGAACCUGAACACGGUGCUGUCCGUCACCGCCCUCCACCCCACCAGGAACGCCUUGUUGGGUGGAAACGCAUCAGGACGUGUGCACGUCUUCAGCUGAACUGAAGACCACGGAGAGAGACUUGUGCAACAUUAAAUGGGUACCUGAGCUAAAUGACGUGUUGGAUUAUACAUCUGUUGUAGAGUGAGGUAGCUUUGGUGACGAGGCAUUUUAUGUGCCUCAGAUUAACAUUUAUUUCAGACCAGUGUUCACAUCUUUUUCUGUCACAGUGUAAAAGCCCACCUUCACGUCAGGAUAUGAUACAACUCAUUUAAAAAUGUAUUUAAUUUUACAAAAUCAAAGCAGCAUCGUCCAUCUCAAAGUCCGACAGUUUUCAAUUCUGGCGUCUAUUUUUUAAUCUGAGCGGAAAGUUUUGUUUUGAUGUGCAGCGGUACCUUGUUACGUAACCGAUGCAAAAGAGAAACAUUUCCUUAUUGACGUUUUUUUUUUUCUUUUUGUGUUUUGCUGUGUUGCAUCAUUAAACAACCAAACAAUA